AUGCUCUUCGAAGGACGAGAUUAUCUUCUCUGGAAACAACGUAUGCAUGACGCCCUGGCCUUGAAGGGACUUCUGCACACUGCUACUCAUCCUCUUCCGGAGGCAUCGGCGGAUUGGCAGAAGCGAGACGAUCGCGAGGCGAGAGCUGUGAUCGCUCAAACACUUGGUGACGUGGUCCUGCAGCGAAUCCCCUCUUGCGCCCAUACAGACACGCAUAAGCUGCUCAGAUAUCUCGAAGCGGCAUAUGAGACCCUGUCGACCGAGAUCGCCUUCGCCGAGUUCCAUGAGCUUCGCUGCAAGGACGUUAGACGCGUAGUACCCGCAGGGCAGCUCAAGGCGGUGCAAGACUACCUUGACAAGAUGUCAGGCUUGCGGAAGGAGGCAGGUGGAAAGGACCGGAUCCCUGACCAUGUCUUUUGUCGCGCCCUGCAUUGCGGGCUCGUCAAUCAGCUUUCCCCCAAGACCGGACUCUUUGAGAGGAUGACCAGUCUGUACGGUACGGUAGGCUUUGAAGAAGCGUUGUACAGCAGCAUCUACAGGAACAUCCAGGCAAGGGAUUCGUAA